AUGGUUAGCACAACAAGCCACGCAAUUAAGCCCCCGCACAUCCCGUUCGAAAAAAACCACGCUUUGCUCACGCACGCACGCCCCUGCACCACGAUCUUUCCCACGCCCCGCACCUCCUCCCCCCAACGACCAGAGCACGGCCAGGCCUCCGCUGCCGUCCGCUGCUCGCCCAUCCUCCGCCUCCGCCGCCAGCCCAUCCUCCUCCUCCUCCGCCUCCGCCGCCGCCGCCGCCCGCCCAUUCUCAGCAUCCGCGGCCGUCCGCCGCCCGCCGCCAACUACUCCCCCUCCCCAUACUGCCCUGGCCAUCCCAACCGUCGUCAUCCACGCGCCGAUGUGCUCCCUUAUCUAGAGCCAAGAGGAGUACGUCAGCUCUCCAAAGAGGAGUCUGAGUCAGGGUCGACCUGCUUCUGGACUUCCCUCCUUGAAUCCUCCAUUGAAAGCAUAUCGCCGUGGUCAAAUUCGGCCGCCCUCCUCGAUUCCAUUUACCCGCUGCGGCGCCCGACUACUCCACCCACGAUUUACAUGCUCUGCUCCAUCCUUCAACAAGUGGACUAUUGUUUGCGCCAAGGCAUCAUAGUUUGAUCUCUUGUGAGAGGCUGAAUAUCCAAUGGAGAUGUGCGGGGUCUUGUAGAUACUUGACGGGUUUUUUCCAGUUCAAUUAGGUUAGGAACAUUUCGGAUUAUUGGUGAAAGGUUCUUGGUACGAAAAGUUCUAAUUCUUUUGCUUGCCCUUUAUCAUGUCCUAUAAAAUGUCGAUGUAUUGUUCCUAUAAAAUGUUGAUGUAUUGUUUCUCAAGAAAGUUUAUUGACUGAGCAUAUUUGAGCUAGAGCAAAGAAGAUGGAAGUAAAAAUCUCUUCCAAACAUUGUUAUGUUGAUGACAAAUUGAUUUCAUACUGAGAAUUUCUGAUUCUUUUAAAGUUACUACGCCAUGAUAUUUUAUAAUCAUAUAUGCGUUGGUUGUUUAGGCAUAUGUCAAACUUAUCUCAUCACUGAAGCACUGGAUAGAAGUUCUUGCUAUUGGAAUACUUUUUCAAUGCAUGCCACCCAAAAGCGCAUAUUUGAUGUGUCUGCAAAAAAAUUACUGUUCAGAAAUGUAUUGUGUUCAUAUUUGAUGUGCUU